AUGUAUAAGGCCAUGAUUACUUUGAGAAACCAGAAUUGUUUAAUAAUAUGGAUCAAAUCCACAAGCUUUAAUGGAGAGGAUAGUAUGGCAAAAAUAAAAAGACAGAUUGUAAAUGGUUUGCUUUUUGGAAUGGGUAACUUCUAAACAAUGUUGGCGGAUACUAUAAAGAAGGGUAAAAGUAAUGAUUAUGGAAAGAUCUACUUGAAAACUUUUGGCUGUACUAUAAUUAUUGUUACACAUAGUAAGGCGCAGAUUUAUGAAUUAGGAGAAUAUUUGAAUGGUUUUAGGAUAGGAAAAUGGAAAUAUUUCAAUAAUAAUGAGUCGAUGUAUUUAUAGAAAUAAUUAUUUAGAGGCGGUGGAUUUUACAAGAAUUAAGACAAAAAGACAGGCAAAUGGAUUGAGAUGGAUGAAGGAUUUUAUAAGUGUAAAUAAGUCACUCAUAAGGGUGAAUAUAAUAUGAAUGGUCUGAAAAUAGGUAGAUGGGAUAUCAUGAAUUGCAAAGGCAAAGAAAAGGAAUAUAAAGAAAUGUAAAUAUUACGUAAAGAGGAAUAUAUAGUGGUUGUGGAUUAUAUGAUUUAAAAGGAAAUUAGAAAAAGAUUGGAGAGUGGAUAUAAAUGGAUCGGUAAUAUAAUUUAAAUUACUUAUAAUAAUGGAGAAUAUAAUAUGAAAGGUGAAAAGGCAGGUAACUGGGUAAAAAUGUAUGUAAAAGAGAAUAAAAAAAUAGGAGACACUAAAUACAUUAAUUGA